AUGACCAACUUCUUCUCCCUAUUCCUCCCGAUUCUAUUGAUUUUUGUGCCACGUGGAUGCAGUGGACAACAACACGAGAAACGUGUCACUUUUGAGGACUAUUUUCAGUUUGGCAAGAAUGAGUACACGGCGAAGAAUUGGCCCGAUUGUGUGGCUUUUAUGAAGAGAGCGAUCGAUGAUUUUAAACAAUACCAAGAUGACACUGUAAGCUGCCGAAAGAAAUGUGAUCGUCGUAUCAAAACUGCCACGCCAUCUGCCCCUAAAAUCGCCAAGUACCACGAGACAAGUGAGAUCGCAUUGUGUCUUUUGAGAUGCCGGAAGGAUAUGUUUGGAGACCAUCAAACCGUCCGAAAGAUGUCCACAUAUCACGACUUGGAGGAACGGAAACCCUAUCAAUACAUGCAUAUAUGCUAUUAUCAUCAGGGCGAACUUGCGAUGGCAGUGCAGUCAGCGUACACAUUUUUGGUGGCCAAUUCAGAUGAUAAGGAUAUAAUUCAAAGUUUGAAUUGGUAUAUGGAUAGAGAUGGAUAUUCGGAUGAGAUGUUGAUAGAUAUGGAAAGAAAGGAUCAUGAGGCGAAAUUCAUGAAUGGUGCGGAGGCAUACGAUGAACAGGACUGGGGAAGAUGUGUGCAUGAAUUCGAGACUUCUCUCGAGAAAUCUUUGAUUCAAGAUGAAAAGUGCCGGAUUCUGUGUCAAGAUAAAAUAGAUUGGAGUGUGGUGGACGGAAAUCCAGAGCUGGAUAUUCUACUGGCUAGUAUGAGAUCUUCAGUGAUCCGAUGUGAGCAUAACUGUCUUUACAAGCUAUCGAAUAUCAAUGGUCAUUAUGUUGGAAACUUGUUGGCCGCCCAUUUUGAAUAUCUUCAUUACUGUCACUUUAAGUUACAACGAGGAGCUGAAGCCGCGCAAGCUGUCGCUAACUAUAUGUUGUUUGAUGACAACCCGCUUAUGAAGAGAAAUAAGUAUUUCUAUGGGAAACAAUACAAGAAGGAUGAGCUGUUCACGCCAAGUCAGGAAAUGAUGGAUAUUUAUCAGAAGAGAGAGCUGGAAGCAAGAUAUUUGGAGUUUAUGGAGAAGAGAUUUGUGAUUAAGGAUGGAGAGCUCCCACCAGAACAAGCCGAUGACCAUAACCCUCUUCCAAUUGAUUUCCACGUGGAGGAUAAUUUCCCGUAUUCCGAGAUUUCGAAACUGUUGACACCUUCUGAAUGCAAGAUUCUUCGGGCGGAAUUCGACACGAAGGAGAGAGAUAUCUUUGUGAAGGAGUUGGAAGCGAGGGUCAAGGUGCUCUGGCCCAACUCAUCGUUCUCCUCGGUGUCCUGUGGAAGCCAUGUGCGUGAAUCGAAAUGCGAACGAGCCAUCGUCUUCUCGUCGGAGUCGAAUGAUUGUGGGGAGUGGUUGGGUAAAUGGUUCACGGGAUGUGUUGUUGUAUUCUGUGAUCACAAACAUGUCUUGGCUUAG